CGCCGUCGCGCAUGUGGUCACGCGCUCCUUAAGUAACGCAUAACGCAGUGUGCAAAUUUCUCGACUUACCGCAUUGAGACCGUUGAAUUCGUGAGAAGUCAUGACUGAGCAACUACAUUUGAGAGGCACUCUUCGGGGUCAUAACGGCUGGGUAACACAAAUCGCGUGUAACCCGAAGUUUCCCGAUACGAUCCUUUCAUCGUCCCGAGAUAAAACAUUGAUCUUAUGGAAGCUUACCCGUGACGACAUCAAUUACGGUGUCCCCAGAAAGCGCUUGAAAGGGCAUGGGCAUUUCGUCACUGACGUUGUGAUGUCCUGUGACGGCCAGUAUGCUCUAUCCAGCUCGUGGGAUAAAACACUGCGGCUUUGGGAUCUGUGCGAGGGAACUGCCACCCGUCGAUUCGAAGGUCAUGACAAGGAUGUUCUGAGUACUGCGUUUUCGGCAGACAAUCGGCAGAUCGUGUCAGGAUCACGAGAUAAAACGAUCAAACUGUGGAAUACUCUAGCGGAGUGCAAGUACACCAUCAAGGACAACCAGCAUGAAGAUUGGGUGUCAUGUGUACGCUUCUCGCCCACGCCUGGUGACCCAACAGUGGUCUCCUGUGGCUGGGACUGGAAAGUAAAGGUGUGGAAUUUAUCCAACUGUAGGAUGCGGGCUGAGUACAGCCACUCUGGGUACCUCAAUACUGUCACUGUGUCUCCAGAUGGGACACUCUGUGCAUCUGGUGGCAAGGAUUGCAAAGCCAACCUGUGGGACUUGGAGAAGAGUGAGCUCAAGUGUGUUCGUGAAAACCAAGACAUCAUUAAUGCAUUGUGCUAUAGUCCAAGCAGGUACUGGCUUUGUGUUGCCACAGGACCAUCCAUCAAGAUUUGGAACUUGGAAGACAACAGCCAGGUGGAUGAGUUAUGUCCUGAGGUGUUGACACCAAAUGCCAAAACUGAACUUCCACAGUGCAUAUCACUGGCUUGGUCAGCUGAUGGCCAAACACUGUUUGCUGGAUAUACUGACAACCUCAUCAGAGUUUGGCAGGUCUCAGUGGGCAUCACCCAUUGAACAGAACUGCUCAAAAAAAGAAACUGCCUUCAUCUGGCGUCAGAAUUGCUCUUUAUCCUAACCGGGCUGGACCACCACUGAUAAUAUAGCUAGCGAAAGGCUGCCUAUCUUUUCAACAGGUCACCUUCUCAUGAAAAGCUUUUACCUUUCCUCUGACAACUCUCUCCUUUAUGCUCUAGCUCACAAGUAGCUUGCAGCACUACCAAAGGUAGGAUGUGCACACAGGCAAUAUCCUUACAAUAUGUAGCUCCAAAGAGUAUAAUUAUUGUUGGGAGUAGAGAGUUUGCUUAAUACGUCAUAAAUUACAGCAGUAUGUUGAGCACUCUGGACUGGAGGUGUGUUCACGAUGGAGAAUGAGAAUGCUUUAAAAUCAAAAUUCCUCACUUCGUUUAUUUACUGUUCUGUUCUAUAAAUACAUGAUGAUAUCGGCAAGCAAACACUAACUAGAUACUGAGCAGACAACGCAGUUCUGGUGAACGUAUACAGGGUGUUUCACAUAACUUAAAAUGGAUUAAAAGGAUUAAAAAAAAAAGGUACUACUGAAUGAAACCAAUGACAUAUGGUUUGCUGCCAUCUGGCCUCAUUAGGGUAUUUUUUAUAUUGUGCUUAGUUAGGAUCAAUUACGCAAAAAAUUUUUAUAUUCACUUUAAUGGCUAAGUGCAUUUUGUUACAUUGUAGAUGGCAUUCCAAGACAACCAAUUCGAUUUUUUAUGGCAGCGUACGUGCUGUAUGGUGAUUUUUUCCAGCGUUUAAAGAAAGUCUGCUAAAUAUGAAAUAAAACCAUGUGGCUGCGCUGAAACCCUCCCAUAUCAUAUCGUGGUUUUUGGAUGUUAAACCCCAACAAAUAGUAUAUUAGUGUUUGUUCUGUUCUCCAGUCACUUGUGCUGCAUCAGUUUCAAACAAGCUUGCCAAAGGUUAUAGCAACUUUUGCAUCACCUUCGCUGUCUGGUGUGAUUUUGGCAGCAAAAGUUGCUUUGUGCGAGCACGGCCAGACUAUAUAUACAGCAGCUUACACGUUUUCCCUCUAAUCCGGCUGUGUUCUGCAUCUGCCCCAGCUGCAAACUGCACCUGCGCUCCACUGUUCGCGUGGGGCCCAUACGAACAUACGGCACUGCACGCGUGCACAGAAAACGCCACCAGUGCCAUCAGCCGAAGAUGCCAAUAGUGUACAGCGUACUUUACCACACUAGAGAACUCUGCAGCAUGAAAAUAAAAUAAAUGGGCGGUGAUUGCUUUCAUCUAAUCCACUUUUACUGGCUUAACCUAUCAAUGUAAUGAAAGCAACAUACCUGAAAGUGAAUGACCCUCAGCAUCUGUUAUUUAACAUGCAGUGGCUGUGUUUCCUUCCUUGUAAAGGAACUUUGCAAGUGCACUGUACUCUAAAACUAGUCUGAAGCUUUUGUAAAAUGAGUUGGUUGCUCAAGUUAUUAUAAUGUGUGGUUUUGUUUUGAAAUAUUGCUGCCGUUUUGGUUUUGAACAGAAAAAUAAAGUGUUACUGUUUAGAACACUG